AUGGAUUCAUGGAUAUUCCCGAAGUUGGACCUGGCUUGGAAGACGGCCCUUGCUGCCCAGGCUGCCAGAGACAAUAAAACCAUCUGCAUCAUCGGAGUGACCGGAAGCGGGAAGUCCACCCUCGGCAACAUCCUUCUCGGGAGACCAAGAAACGACCCGACCGGAUUCAAGACCAGCGCCUACAGCUCCAGCUGCACCCUCGAGGUCGAGUCCCUCGACGGUCGCUGGCUCGGAAACGGUGACGCCAUCCGCGUGAUAGACACGCCCGGCCACGGAGACGCGUGGGGCCGCGACCAGGAACUCAGGAGAGAGAUGGUGUCGUUGCUGGAAAUGGAAGGCGCAGUGCAUGCUUUCAUCUGGGUGAAGAAUUCCCAAAAACCAAGAUUCGACUUGCUGGAGCUAGAGCAUUUCGACCUGUUGAAGGACAUUUUUGGAGUCUCCUUUUACAUCAACCUGAUCGUAGUCUUCAGCAGAUGGAGUUUCUAUGCGAGACAAGAGAGACUUCGUCGAGACGAAGGAGUGACACUGGAAAAGGCCAAAGAAAGCCUCCACACCUCCCUCGUAGAAAACUUCCCGUGGACCAGGGACCGCCCCGUGCCCAUGGCGACCGUCGACGCUUGCUUCGCCGAGGACGAUCCCGCAGAAGCGUCUGCCUUCCGAGCCGAAACGGCAUCCCUUUGGCGGUUCAUCGACCGGCUCGCCGCCAGACCCGUGGAGAGCGUUCAAACGAGGCGCUUCAGAGACCAGCAGAUCGAACGGGAGAAGAAUCGGCUCCGACACCGAGCCGAAAUGGCAAGGAGACAGCUAAUGCCGGGAAACACCAGACGAGCCGAACCGGAUGGACGAUGCAAAGUCCUCUGA